GGGUUCCCUUUGUAGUGCCCUCAGCCUUGAGCCCCUGAGGAGAGCAGCGAUGGGAUCUCACCAAACUCUCCAGCUGAGGCUCUUGGUCUGAGGAAUUCUGGGCGGGCUAUGGCGGAGGGGAGCUCUACUCAACUCGUGGCUCCCUAGGCUGCUUUUGGUGGAGGGGGAAGUUGAAGCUUAUUUUAGGGAAAAAACAAAACAGAAACAGAAUGAAAGUUCAAGGAACUGAAGCUGAGAGGUGUCUGGACCUCAGGAGAUCAAAGUUCUGAUACUCAGACUUCUCUGUAUGGGGUCCAGGGAGGUUCCAUUCUGUUUCAGUUGAACACAAGCCUAGGAAAAAUGAUCCAAAGGGUCGAAUGGAGCUUUGAGUCUAAGAAAAAACAUCUGCCUCUGUUCAGCCUUGAGCCUGAGACUUGGAAUCUAACUUUGAAGAAGAGUCUCCACUGGAACAGAUAUGAGCAAAGAGCUCAUGUAACACCAACAUCCCUUAGAAUUGACAACGUCACUCUUGAGGAUAAUGGAAACUUCAAAGUCCGAAUACAUCAUGAUGAAGUAAUCAGUGAACAAAGUUUCUUUCUCUCUAUUUAUGAACCGAUUCUCCCCAAGAUCAAGAUAAUCUCAAAGUCCCAGACAUCAGAUGGAUGCAACCUCACCUUGGAGUGCCAGAUCCUGAAUAUCUCAAAUGAUACAACUGUAACCUGGGGAAGUGUAGCUAUCCCCAAGAGGCAGGAGGAGAGCCUAGGGCUGCCCUCCAAUUCUAGGAUACUGAAUCUGUCCCUACCACCGAACCUCCAGAAUUCCUCUGUCACUUGCUUGGCUAAGAACCCUGCAGAGCAACAAAAGUCGACAUUAAAACUAAGUGAUGCCUGUCCUGAGAAGUCUUCAAAUCCCCAAACCCCAAAGUCACCAUGGUUCAUUGGAAGUUUCCUUCUGGUCAUAUUGCUGGUGAUCCUGGGGAUUGGAUUGUCGAUCGACAGAAGAAAAGAAAGGAAGAAAGAAGUUAUGGAUUCUCCAGAGAAUAAGAGAAAUAGUGACAUGAACAUCCAAGAUGCAGUGCUCAGACCAAGUAGACCUGAGGACCAGAACCAGUGCCAAGAGGCUAGUGAGCAGCACCCACAGGAGGGGAAGCAUCUCACCACCAUUUACAGUGAGAUCCAUAAUCCUCAGAUCAUGCUCAGGUCCAGACCUAGCUGCUGAGUGUACCUCACCCAAUCAAGGUAUGCUGUAAGCUUGGCAGAACAAUAGUCCUUGAGUGUGUACACUGAGGGUGAACUCUGUUGUUCUCAGUCUGUUACUGUCAAAACCAUGACCAGAACCACAGGUCAGCUCAGACCAACCAUGCCAGCUCUGAGUAAUGGAAAACUCUUACAGGAACCACAUCUCAGCCAGUGUGGAUCUGUUAUGAAUACAUUUUCAAUCACCUACAAAACUGAUUGUCCUCUUUGAUACUGGACAAACUCUAAGAAGAGACUCUCAGCUGCUGGACAAUCUCUCUCAUUGCUAAACAAACUUUACAUUGUUACUGCUAUGCCUUCUUUGUCUCCCCACAACUAUAUGUAUUAAGCCUGCACCUUGGCAUUUGGGGCUAGACUUGGGUAAGAGUCUUUCCCAGACUGCUCCUUACCACUUCAACAGAAUAAAACUUUGAAGUGCCUGAUGGGUACUUAGGGCUAUUCUCCUGUUCUUUGAGUGGGUGGUUGACAUUUGUAAACUUGUAUCUCUUCUGACAAGAAAAGUGCUCUUGGGUAUCCUUAUCUAUCUCCUUCUCCUUGAGGGAUACUGUCUUCAAUUUGGGUUUAUACUUUGUUGCUCCUUCAGUGUGGAUCCCACUGGGAGGGGAACAAGGGACAUUCCUCCAGCUGGCUGCUGGGUCUGAGGGGGCUUGCCAGCCAGGGCUUUGCUGGGAGAGAAGAGGUCAGUUUAAAUAGUUACGGAAUAGUGCUGAGAAUACUCCCUCUGGGGUCAGAGAAUUAGGGCUCAAAUCUCUUUUCUGAUAUUUCUUGGGUUACUUUGGACAACCCAUUUAACUUCCAAAGGCUUUGGCUUUCUCCUAUGUAAUAGGGCCGGGUUUCUUGGUGGGAUGAGGCAGUCAGUCAGCCCAGCAAGGAAGUUCUGAGAAACCAGGGUAUCUGUGACUUGAGCAUAAGAGGAACUCUGGACUUGAAACUUGGAACUCUUC